CAUAUCGAGAGUGAACUCCCCUUUAUCUUGUAAUAAACAACAAAAAAUGUCUGCUCCAGGAAUAGCGACGAUACCACCGAGCUUGAAAGGAGCAAUUCAAAAAUAUAUUAGAGUGGCUGUAGAACAUGAUAAAAGAGAUCCAGUUAUAGCGUAUUAUUGUCGACUGUAUGCAAUGCAACAAGCUAUGGCAAUAGAUAAAAGUUCUCCAGAAGCUCGGCAGUAUCUUGUGUCUCUCAUGGACUUCCUUGAAAAGUCCAAGAACCAGUUAAAAGAUGAACAAGCUGUGCAUAAUGAAAUAAUUGGCCAAGCUCAUGUAGAGAAUUAUGCCCUGAAGCUCUUCCUUUAUGCUGAUAAUGAAGACAGAGCGGGACACUUUGGCAAAAAUGUGAUAAAAGCUUUCCUGACCUCCAGCUUAUUGAUGGAUGUUUUAACAACGUUUGGUGAUCUUAGUGAAGAUAUUGAAAAGAAUAGAAAGUAUGCAAAAUGGAAAGCACUGUACAUAAAUAAAUGUAUUCAAAGUGGGGAGACUCCUAUUGCUGGUCCACUGCCUGAAGAUGGAGAUGGCUACGAUAUUCCUGGUAUUGGCUUUGAGAAUGUAGCUGGUCCAAGUGAGCCACCUAAUCACAUGACCUUCAGUACAGACAGCGGCCUUUACCCAGCACCUGGUGCACAUGCUCCACCCAGCACCCCACAGGAUCCACCUGCAUCCACACAGCAGCCCAUCCCUCAGAGAAGUCCACAGCCGACGCCUAGGGCUGCAGUUUCUCAGACUGUUACACCUGACUGGGAGCCACCCCCUAAUCCAGCUGGCCUUAAGCUGACACCAGAGCAGUUUCAGAAAGGGAUCAAGUAUUGUAAGUUUGCUAGUUCUGCCAUGCAGUACGAGGACGCCAAAACUGCGAUUGACAAUCUAACCAAGGCUUUAAGGCUGCUGACCACUGGAAAGGAAUGACCCACUCUGUAGACUGAAUGCCUAGAUGAAUCAUUUUUUCUAAAUAUUUCUGUUUGUAUUUAUAUCAUGCCAUGCUCAUGCUGCGACCCUUGUUGUCAGGAAAUAACAAAAUUGCAAUUUAUUUUUUAUAAUUAUUGUUAUAUCUGAUUGCCAUUCAUGUCUGAGAAAUAGUUUUUUCUUCAUGGUGGACUUAUCACUGUUUGUUGUUCAGAUUUAGUCCUGUGAACUGUUGGUGUGAUAAGAUUGGGCAGGAAAAAAUUACCUAGUAGAAAUCUUAAAAGAGUUUAAAUUUGUAGUUACUUAAAACAUGCAGUUUGCUUCAGGAAAUAGAUAUGCUUAAAGUAUUUGUGAAAAUUGUAAAGAAUGUUUUUUUUAAUAUUUUUUUUUUUGUUUAUAUAAAUUAAAAGUGAAACUGUUUGAGAGCAGCUGUCUAUAAUGGACUUGUUAGUGAUUGCUUUAUUGUAAUGAUAAAUAGUACUACUACUUUUUUUGUUUUUUGUAUUUUAAAUUAUCAAACUUAGUUGCACUUUUUUAUGAUGCAUUUAGAGGUUUUAAAGAGUUGCGGAUAAUGUACAUAUCAAUUAAGCUAGCAACAAACUAAGCAAAUCCAUGAAUGCACUUUUUUUUAUUUUUAAAGUUGAAAAAUAAGCAAUCUUCAAAACUAAAGUGUUUUAAUGAUAACAUUUUAUAUAGCAUUUUUCCCUACCAGGGGCUGACAUUUCUUAAAAUGUUACAUUUUUCAAGUCUCUUCCAUAGGCAUUACCUCUAACAGCAAUAAAAUCUAAUUAAAAAAUAGAAUGACCUUAAUUGGAAAAAGAAUAUCAUAUGUUAAUUUGAAAGAAAGCUCCCUUUCUAGGUUAUGUUUUGCAUGAUCAUCAAAAACCAGGGCUUAGAUUUAACCUAGAUCUAGCAAAGAUUCUCAUUUAGUACUGCAGUAAUGAAAAAUUCAGCAUAGAUUGGAACAGCAGCACUUUUUUUUUUUCAUAAGCCUUUACAUUUGCAUGUAUUCUAUUCUUUAUUGACUGACAUUCAAUUAUUUCACAAGCUAUUGUAAUUUUAUUUCUGUUCUACAUCUUGUUAAAUAUCUGGCUAUGUGGUUGGGAGCUUAGUAAGCUAAUAAGGCAUGAACUCAAAACCUGGCCAUUCAUGUAUAUUUCCCGGCAAUCUUUCUCAUAGAUCACAAGGUCUGAAAGGGAAACUUUACUUUUAUCUUUCUCAAGUUUUCAAUUUGUAUAAGAUAAGCUCAUCAAGUAUCUUAGCUCUAUUUCUGUUGAAAUGUUAUAUGUUAUUCAAAGGGGCAUAACUUAGCUACCCAGUUUAAAUGUUGAAUAUCAUUGUUACUUUUACAGUUGGCAUGUAAGAGAAUAGCUUUAAGAUUUUUUAAAAUUCUUUCCUUGAUUCAUUAACUACUGUGUUCUGAUUUGUGUCUAGCAAAUUCUGUUUGAUGAGAUGGUCUGUGAAUUGGAGUUUUACAGUAAUUUUCUUUUGGAGAUGUUAUAUCAAAUAUUUUUUAUUAUUGAUAAUUUAAAUGACUUUGUACUUUUCCUGUUGUAAGUCUUUAAAGAUUUACCCUUAGAGUCUGUCUCUUUCAUUUUUCUUGACUGUCUCUCAGACAGUCAUCAUUUAUCAAGUUUUAUACUGCUAAGCUGUAAGCUCUUGUUCGGUAAGUGCCAGAGGAAAAAAAAAAUCUGUUGUUCAUCUCAGCUUCAAGCUAGCACAGCAUACAUAUGUAAGCUAGUCUUAGUUAAGAUGUGGAAUAUAGUUUAAAACAUUUCAAGUCGAUCCAGACUGCUAAUUAUUUCUUUCUUAGUUCCUCUUAAUAUUUUGGCUAACUUUGAUGUUCAUUUAAUUUGGUUUUCAAUUCCAGCUAAACCUGGCCAGGUAUGUCAGGAUGUUGUGAAGUUUAAUUGGCAUGUCUCUGUUAGUUAUGAAUUUAUGCUUCUUUAAUAGUAUCUCUUAUUUAUUCAUAUUUAAAGUAAUAUUGUCUUUGAAAAUGGAGAUUUUUAACUUACUGAUUAACACUGCAAAUUAUUAUAAAAUAUUGCUAUAGGCACACAGUUAAAAAAAAAACAGGAUUUGUAUAGCCUCUAAGGGUGAUUUGAACUUCAUUUUGCCAACAUACAUUCUUUAGCCUGAAAUGAAAAUUGAAAUUCUUUAUUCAUUAAUAUUUUGGGGGGCUCACAAAAUUUUAAUAAAAUGUUCUAUAGUAUGUCUGUUUCACUUGACAAUUUUUACUUUGUUUUCGUUGUUAUCUUUUAUUUUUAACUUUGCCAGACUAUGUAUUAUAAAACUUUAAAAAAUUGACCCUAGACCACUAAGCCUUCAACAGUUUAUUUAUUGUCAGCUGCUAUGAUCAUAUUGAUUCUUGUGUAACAUACAUUAAAUUUUAUAAGUAUUUUGAAA